UCGAGGACACAAAUUUAUUGUUGAAAGUUGGAAGUAUAUCUGGAAUUUUGAGCACCAACCAAAUAAAACAGAACUUUGUAGAACAACACCAAUGACAUCACAACUGACUAUCACUCAUACGCCAUAACCGCCACCUUAACCACCUAUCUAAUUAAUUCUAACCCAAAUAUUUAAACAACUUAAAAUAAGUAAAACAACAAGCACUAUAUAUUGUAGGAAAAUUCAAUUCAAUUCUCAAAUUUCUCAUUUCUCAGUUUUCUGAUUACCUUUAGAAUUAUCGACGUCUCAAUCUUCAGUCUCACCGACUUUAAUUCUACAGAAAACUAUGGUGCAGCAUCAAAAUGUUAUUACUGUUCCUUUUAUAUGGAGGGGAAAGAAGUUUGAGGUAAAAAUAAAUUCAGAGGCCUCUCUCAAGGAGUUGGGGGAGGAACUGCAGACUUUGACUGAUGUUAAAGCUGAUACAAUUAGAUUGAUUAUUUCUCUGCCUUCCACCAAAAGCUCAAAAUUGUUGAUGCCUUUCUCUGACGAGCAUUCCAGUCUAAGGCUACAAGAUACUGGAAUCGUAGAGGGGAAGCCUUUAAGAAUGAUGGGAGUCUCCAAGGAUGAGAUUGAUCAUGUUCUUAACGAUGCCGAAGCAAACCUAAGAAUUGCUGGAUUUGAAGAAGAGGAAAAGAGGAUGAAACAACGGAUGUCCAGGGGAUCCCAUUCCUCAUUGAAACUCCCGCAAGGACCUUACAUCUUCUGCAAUUUUCGUACACUUGAACUGCCUGGAGUUGAGUUAUAUCCUCCUCCCUCAGAGGCUAUGAAGAGAAUGCAUAUGCUUGCAGCUGACCCAGGAAUUGUUGCCAUCAUGAACAAGUAUCGUUGGCGAGUGGGGAUCAUGACAGAGAUGGCGCCUGUUGGUUAUGUUGGUGUUAGCCCCAGAUGUGUUCUUGGUUUAAACAAGAAUCAAGGAGAGGAAAUAUCUCUUCGUCUACGCACUGAUGAUCUAAAGGGUUUCAGAAAAUAUCAAAGCAUCAAGAAAACUUUGUUGCACGAACUUGCUCAUAUGGUCUACUCUGAACAUGAUGCAAACUUUUAUGCUCUUGAUAGACAGCUGAAUCAAGAAGCUUUCGCUUUAGACUGGACAAAAUCAAGGAGUCAUACCUUGGCUGAUUCUCGAUUUUCUGGGCAUGAUGAUAUGGAUGUGGACUUUGAUUUGGAUAGCAAUUUGCCUCACAAGCUUGGAGGAGAAGCUUCUCUUAUGUCUGCUGGUGCUCGUGUGGCUUCUGUGGCUGCCGCCUUACAUCGUUUGACAGAUUCUUCUUCCAUUUCUCAUGGAUCUGCAAAUGGGCAGCAAAAUUCUAAUGAUUAUACAGGUGAUGAUGCUCCUGGGCUCUCAAGCCCAGUUGAUACCUUGAAUGAGGAAGAGCUGUUUAUUUGGAAUCAACAUGAUGAUUAUUCUCAUCAAGAUGAGCUGGAACUUGAUCCUGAUGAUUCUGAGGCGAGAGGAACUGUGAAUUCAGAGCCUUAUACUGAAAUGUUGUUGGUAGGGAUACCUAUGGUGAAGCCCAACCCUGAUGAUACUAGAAUGGAAGCAGUUGUCUCCCAAUCUACUGCAAGGAGAAGCUUUGAUAAUGCAAAUCCACGUGAGGAGCCUGAUCCUGAUGAUUCAGAAGUUACUGAAAAAGGAGUGGCUGCUUCUACUAUUUCCCUCACGUCAAUGCAGAUAGAUAACAUUGAAAAUAGGAUAGUGAGGAAUAUUGAUGAACCUGAUCCAGAUGAUUCUGAAGCACAACAUGAUUUAGGGAAUGUCAUAACACCUAAUCAAUCACAACUAAUCCAGGUUCAUAUGGAACCAGAUCCAGAUGAUUGUCUAAAAAACAUUACAGGGCAAACCCAACCUGAAUCUGAUGAUAAAGUUGACCAUCUGUUGCAACCUUUAGAACUCACGGCUGAUGAGCCAGAUCCAGAUGAUGAAUUAAGGAGGAUCCAAGACCCUGCCGCUGUAUUUUUCAAUCGGCUUAACAAAGCCAUUGAGUUGCUGCGUACUGAACUGAACCCCCUGGAGGCUGUGGCAGUCCUACAGACUCUGUUUAAAAUAAUCAGAAAUGUAUCUGAAAAUCCUAAUGAAAUGAAGUACAAAAAACUUCGCAAGGCCAAUCCUAUUUUCCAAAGGAACGUUGCAUAUCAUGAAGCUGCCAUGGAAGUUCUCAAACUGGUUGGUUUCAGUGAAGAAGUUGUCACUGAUGAAGUGGGAAAGGCUGAAAAUUACUUGGUGUUGAAAAGGAAUGAUCCAGGUUUGCUGUGGCUUGCGAAAUCCUCUCUUGAGAGUAGCAUUGCUAAGUAAUUGUUGAGCGCCGUGCCUACAUGUAUACAUCAGCAUUUGUAACAAGUUCCAAAACAUACUGGCAAGUGUUUGUGCAAAUAUCCUGCUUGCAUGUUCUUGUACAUUUGAUCUAUUAACAAGCAAAGCUAUAUGUACCUGUAAUUUUUUCACUAUUGAUUUCUCAUAUAGUUGCUUGUCCGCUAUCAGAGUUUCUUCUGAGUCUAUUGUAACUGAUGCAACACUAUGGAGUAUGUAAGAUGCCUAAGUCUUUUAAUAAAAGAUAACUAUUUGGUUGGUGACUUUGGUA